CAGUCACUCGCCGCAUUCGCUUCGGUUCUGGUCUCACGCUGUGACGACUUCGGGAUCCGGCAACGGCGCUCUUCCCCCGCAUUGGACUGGCUUUCAUUCGCCGAGUUAGCUCCACUGAAUGCAUGCUUCGGUACAUAGUCUUUUGCUCCUGAUUACGCAAGGAAAUUAAGCUGUGUGAUAAAUUUAGCCGCACCAAAAGCACUUUUCAACUUUAUAGAGCCUUAGUUUUAUGCCCUGGAGGAAAGCGGGUGCUUGAAGAAUUAUAUCUUCAAAAUUAUAUAGCGCGUUCGUUCAGCGUUUAUUGAGUGCUGCCUCUGCUAGGGACUCCAAUCGAGGUCCUGCAGCGAGUGGAUAAGCUAGACAGUGCUUAACUCUUUUUUCCUUUUUUCAAGGCACCGAACGCUGCAAAUCGUAGUCGGCUACCACUAGACAGCUCUCGUGCAAUGGUGACGUGCGGUGCGAAGUUCGGUGAUUCCUGGAAACAUUGUGGACUGGGAAUAUUUGGAACAGUGUUGAGGUCACAGAAUCAAGCGGCAGCGAAACCAAGAGUUACUUGGAUUACUCUUACGCGGGAUUGCCUUUGGCCCGUUGCGCUGAUAUGCGCUCUUCUGCUGGUUGCGUGCCCCGUUGAAGUAGAAGCAGCUAGCAAUGCCCCUUUGGAAGUGACAGCUGUGGCGGGUGGAGAUGCCUGGCUCCCGUGCAACAUUACCCCCGACGGUAACGAAGAGCGUCCCGUCGCCCUGAUCCUGUGGUACAAGGACAACUCUUCGACUCCCGUCUACACGGUUGACGCUCGUUGGGGCAGCCUUCUCCAAGGAGCUCGGCACUUCCCGAGCGAGGAGGACGAGGAGCUGGCUGCCCGGAUGAGCUUCGAGGCCGGGCACCAGCCGGCGCUGCUGCGAGUGACCCGCGUCCAAGCCGAGGACGCGGGCGUGUACCGCUGUCGCGUGGACUACCGCCAGGCGCGCACUGAAGUCACGUUCUCCACUCUACGCGUCAUAGUGCCUCCGAGGGAGCUGAUAGUUCUCGACGAGUACGGCCAGAGACAAGUUGAUGUCCUUGGGCCAUACAACGAGGGCGCCACUGUUCUUCUAGUGUGCGAAGUGGAGGGAGGGGAUCCUCCACCUGAAGUUGUUUGGUAUAAGGACAACGAAUUGCUGGACGCCAGCUUCUCUGUGCUGUGGCCGCAAGGGGUCGUGCGGAACGAGCUGCGACUAGGCCCCCUACGACGACGAGACCUUCUCGUCGCGCUUCAGUGCACUGCUUCGAAUAACAACCUCACGGAGGAGCUGACAGCCCGGCUUAAGCUGGAUCUCACUCUGAAACCCACGGAGGUGAAGGUGUCGUUGCCAGCACUGUCGGCCCCUUCUGGUGGCGCCACCCUGGUGGCCGGUGAGGUGGCUGAGGCGCGUUGCCAAGCGCGGGGCGCGCGGCCCGUGGCGCAAGUCGCAUGGUUCAAGGGAAGCGAGCGGCUUCAGCACGACCGGCUGCUGUCUCGCGAGCCAGGGUUGACGCUGAGCGCUGUGAGCUUCGUGGUCCGCGCCCAGGACCACGGUUUGCAGCUUACGUGCCGUGCAGACAACCCGAGCCUUCCAGGGAGCGAAAUCAGCGAUUCAUUUGUGCUUGAUGUUCAGUAUCCACCGCAGCUGUCGCUCACUGCUUCCGACCUUCGUCCCCACGAGGGUGACAACUCGACGCUACGCUGCGAUUGGAGCGCCAACCCCAGCGUGAACGCCGUCUGGUGGCGUCGCGACGGGCAGCUGCUGGAGUGGCGAGACGAAGUGCUUCACCUGAGCAACGUGACUAGAGCUCACUCCGGCCUUUAUGAGUGCCUGGCCUCUAACCGUUUCGGUGAAAGCUUCAGCAAUCAACUGAGGCUCUCCGUGCAAUACGCUCCCGAGUGCGCCGAGGGUCAAAGGGCAGAGUACGCGGCGUCACCCGAACUCCGCGUCGCUUGCGAGGUUCGCGCCAAUCCGAGCGACGAGCUGCACUUCGAGUGGCUGGCCAACACCACGAAGCGUGCGGGCCGCAUCAACAGCCUGGCGGUGAAUGGAACCCGGGCCCUCGCGCGGGCUGUCGCCAGCAGGGAGCUGGAGUACGGCCUGCUGCUCUGCUGGGCAUCAAACAACGUGGGAAAGCAGCGCGAUCCGUGCAUCUUCCGCAUCGUGCCGCCUGCACCUCCGGGAAGUCCUCACAACUGUACGGUGACUGCUCAAAGUCAAGACGGCAUGGCGGUCACCUGUUCACCGGGCUCAACAGGCGGUCUCCUAGUGACAUUCUUCGCCGAGCUGCUCAUUGAAGGAGCGGCGACGUCGCCUCCUACGCUGUUGCAAAACGCCAGCGACUCCCGGCGGCCAGAGUUCAACUUCGCAGGGUUGCCCAAGGAGGGCUCAUUGCUGGUCCGAGUUUACGCAGCCAACUCGCAGGGCCGAAGCGCCCACGCUGAGGUGCACCUUCCCGCCGGAUUAUCGCUGCUGCACAAACCCUCUCCCACCAUCGACUCCAGCGCGGUGAAGCUACCAGGCCAUGUUUUGGGCUUUCUCGUUACGGCAGUCGUCGCACUUGUUUUUGUUAUUGUCUCUCUGACUGCUGCGGGACACUGGAAGCGACGGCGGAGGCGUAAAGAGGCAAAACACUCAGUCCAGCUUCAAAAAUAUUCCCCUGAGAAAACCUUCUGCGAGUGCUCUUCUGGUGACGUCAUGUAUCAGUCUCCAGACCUCAUCACGAGCAAGUACGGAGUGUCAGACCAAGCCGUAGCAAUGUCAGCAUUGCAUGGCCAGGUGGUCAGCGCGUCUGUGCUCGAUACGUGCUGCCCUGGAGCGGUCAGCCGGGAGUCUAGCUGUGUGGAACCAGUACAAAUCAAGCUCACAACAUUCACCCCUAAAGCAAGCCCCGAUGAUCAGAGGCAGACGUCGUCUCCAUGCAUUUGUGCACCCUCUACUGUGCUGCCGACGCGAAGGUCUUCGCGCCCACAGGACUUGUACUGCACUGGCGGGGAGUCACCGAUCACUACCACGUGAAUGUCGAGAGAGUAGGAGGGUUUAUGCCCAGCUCAAGCAAACAGAAAGCCGAGCGACAGUCUGUGACGAAGACAUCAGUGACGUUUCGGCAGUCCUGCUGAUUCCUCUUAUUUCGCACAUGUGGGCGACGUCUUUUCCAACUGUUGCGUCAAAAGGAGGGAAUCAAAUCACGUGGACUUGUGCACCGAUGUUUCGUUAGCUGGAGAAACUCAUCUUUUCUUUUGGGGCACAAAUGGUGCCUAACUAUAUCGAUGUUUUUAAGUGAGAGUCCUAGGAUUUAUUCUGACAAUUUUCGACAAAAAGUGCGUUUAUAAACUAAACGAGAAGGCACCUGUCAGCGAAGACAUAAACAGCACAAAUAAAUGAUACAUUUGUAAACUAGAA